GCCUUGAGCUGGUUAUUUAAUAAAGCCAUGUUAAAAGGGCGUCUAAUGAGGUGGGUUUUAGCGUUACAAUCUUUCGACUUUCGUGUACAGUAUAAACCAGGUAGAGAACAUGGAAAUGCGGACAGAAUGUCCAGAUUACCUGGCCCUCCCGAAGAUAGGACAAAUAGUGAUGAAGAAUUUGUAGAUUCAAUAAUAAUGUAUGUUAGCCCAGAAAGUGUUAAAUCGACAGAUUUGGAGGUAGUCCAUAAUUAUUUGAAGACCUUUUCCUGGCCUUCUGACGCAAAUAAUAUGGAUUUGAAGCAACUUCGAAGAAAGGUGCGGAAAUAUUGUUUAAUUGAUGACAAAUUAUAUGAAAGAGCAGCAAAGGGGAGGCCACCACGAAGAGUAAUCUUCAGUGAUGAGGAAAAAAUACAAAUUCUUAAGGCAAAUCAUGAAGGAUUAGCAAAAGAAAGCAGACACCGAGGAAUAAAUUCGGUUACUCGAAAAAUCCUGAUGAAUUAUGUAUGGGCAACGGGG